AUGUGGGGAAAAUUGGAUGUGAAUAUGAUCGUUUGGCUGAAAGAGUUCAAAACUUUCAAGGACAAGUCCAGUGCCAUUAAUCAGGAUACUGGUGUUAAUUGGGAACUUGCUGAUAUGAUCAUGAGAUGUUGCUAUCCUUCAUGGACAUUGUCUGUUGGAAAUAUGGAAUAUAAAAGAAUCAUUGAAAAGAGCUUGCCUGUACGUUGUCUGUUCAAUGAAACUGUGAUGGAAGCGAUGUGGGGCCUGAAGAAUCUCAUGCACGUUUUAGUACCCGGAGAAGAACUCAAGCUGACAAAGAAAGAUCGCCUACCAAUGAACCAAGGACUAAAAUGGCUGAUGGAUCGUCAUGGCUUCGGUGUGAAACCAGAGAUGGUCUCUGAAGCAAUGAUUAUGGUGGCAUGUGUCUUGCAUGAUUCUGAUAUUUGUGAGAGGAAUCUUUCUACCCCGCUGCGCUUAGGUGGUGACCUCCUUCAGGUGGUGUCUGGCGUUAACUGUAAGGGUUGGGAUUUGAUGAAACUUGCGACGGCUCUGAAGAUCAUAUGUGACCCUCCAGGAACAACUUUGGCUGAAAAAGAGGUACACAAUACACAAUAA